GGCAGAGGCACGGCCGCCGCUGCCCGUCCUCCCCGCGCGGCCGCCCCGGGGCAGCGAGGCGCCGGGAGGAUGCGAGUGGGCGCCGCGGGCGGCGGCGAGGCGAGGGCCCGGGCGGCGUUGGGAGUUCCCGGCUCGGCCGCCGCCCCCCCGCCCCAAAAGAAGUGCAGUAGUUUGUGAGACGCAAGAUGGCGGCGCGGCCGUGAGCGGAGGAGGCGGGCGGGCGGCGCGGGCUGAGGCGGUGCGGCGGCGGCAGGAGCCUUCACACCCUUGGGCACAGCAGACAGGACCAUCAUGGAGAUGUCAUGCUGGGGAUGAGUUUGUGACGGGAAGAACUUGAGCUUCCAUUGCAGCUGAGAGAGAAUGUCGUAGCCUAGACAAAGCAGUCCAAGGGUGGUGGAUGCGGACUUUAAAACAGUGUCUCAACAUUUCAUCCUCAACUGUCUCUUUUUAAUCUGAUUGCACUACAAAAGAAAAGCUGCUAAUGGGAUAAAUGUUGAGACGUUACAAGAACUGACUUGAAGUACCAAAAGCCAUUAUUAUUAAUCAAGAAGAGCUUGAAGCUAAGUCUGUAUCUGACCAGUCAGUAUCACUUUCACCUAACAGGCAUGGCAAGUAAACGAAAAUCAACAACACCGUGCAUGGUCUUAGCCAACGAGCAAGAUCCAGAUCUAGAAAUGGUAUCAGACUUGGAGGAAGGACCACCUGCAGUCCCGCCAGCAGAUAAUAAUCCUACAGCAGAGAGCAUAACAAGCGAAGAGGAUGUCCAUGAGAAUGUGGAUUCAGACAAUCAGAAAAAUACAAAUAAAGUAGAAGGUGGUUACGAGUGUAAAUACUGUACUUUUCAGACUCCAGAUCUCAAUAUGUUUACUUUCCAUGUGGAUUCAGAACAUCCCAAUGUAGUAUUAAAUUCAUCCUAUGUUUGCGUAGAAUGCAAUUUUCUUACCAAAAGAUACGACGCUCUCUCAGAACAUAAUUUGAAGUACCACCCUGGAGAGGAGAAUUUUAAAUUGACCAUGGUGAAACGUAAUAAUCAGACAAUCUUUGAACAAACAGUAAAUGAUCUCACUUUCGAUGGGAGUUUUGUUAGAGAAGAAAACGCUGAACAGGCUGACCAUUCUGAGGCCCCCUCCUCGGGGAUCUCCAUUAGUAAAACUCCUAUUAUGAAAAUGAUGAAAAACAAAACUGAGACUAAACGCAUUGCUGUUUUCCACAACGUAGUCGAUGACAUUCCUGGUGAAGAGAAGGGAAAGGAAAAUGAGCCAAACUCUGAAGAAGUAGUAGAAAACCCCCCGCCGGCAGUUUCUGAGUCCAAAGCGAGCCAUUCGGUAGUUUGCAGUGCAGCUGAUGUAGCUAGUACAGUUGUGACCCCAGUGAUUCAGCCUGGGGUGGCACAGGUUUUGACAGCGGUUACAGCUCCACAGAACUCAAACUUGAUCCCCAAAGUCUUGAUACCUGUAAACAGCAUUCCAACCUAUAAUACUGCUUUGGACAACAAUCCUCUUUUGCUCAACACCUAUAACAAAUUCCCGUAUCCAACCAUGUCGGAGAUCACUGUGCUUUCCACCCAAGCUAAGUACACAGAGGAACAGAUUAAAAUCUGGUUUUCUGCCCAACGUCUGAAACAUGGUGUGAGCUGGACACCGGAGGAAGUGGAGGAAGCAAGGAGGAAACAAUUUAAUGGCACAGUGCAUACUGUACCACAGACAAUUACCGUUAUUCCAGCGCACAUUUCCGCCGCUAGCAAUGGUUUACCUUCAAUUUUACAGACAUGCCAAAUAGUUGGUCAGCCGGGACUUGUUCUCACUCAAGUCGCAGGUGCAAAUACGUUACCAGUAACAGCCCCAAUAGCUUUGACUGUAGCAGGAGUCCCAAACCAAACCCAAUUACAGAAGAGUCAGAUUCACACUGCUCAGCCUAUUGCAGAAACCAAACAGGUUGCUGCCGUUCCAGCCCCUCAGCCUAUCAAAAAUGAAACUGCACUAAUGAAUCCCGAUUCCUUUGGCAUGCGAGCAAAAAAAACAAAGGAACAACUGGCAGAAUUAAAGGUCAGCUACCUUAAAAAUCAGUUUCCUCAGGAUUCAGAAAUCAGUAGACUUAUGAAAAUAACAGGCCUGACAAAGGGAGAGAUCAAAAAGUGGUUCAGCGAUACACGCUACAAUCAGAGGAACUCAAAGAAUAACCACGGGAUUCAUCUCAACAGUGACUCAUGUGCCACCAUUGUUAUUGAUUCAAGUGAUGAAAUGAAUGAGUCCCCAACAGGAGUUGCUCCACAGAACAAGUCGUCCUGGAAUGCGUUUCCUGACUUCACCCCACAGAAAUUCAAAGAGAAGACUUCUGAGCAGUUGCAAGUCCUCCAAGCAAGUUUUCUUAAUAAUCCUGUCCUUACUGAUGAAGAGAUGAAUAGGUUAAGAGCCCAAACCAAACUUACCAGAAGAGAGAUUGAUGCCUGGUUUACGGAGAGAAGGAAAUCUAAUGUCUUAAAGGAGGAGGGAACUGAGAUGAAUGAGAGCAAUGCCAGCAGCUCAAAAGAAGAGGCUGGAGAAACAUCUGCGGGAGAUGGAGCAGCAGGAUCAAAAUCGGGGGGCUCUGCUUCAAGCAAAAUAGGCAAAAAAUCACCAGAGCAGUUGCACAUGCUUAAAAGUUCCUUUGUCCGUACUCAGUGGCCAUCUCCACAAGAAUACAACAAGCUGGCAGAAGAAACAGGGCUCCCAAGAUCAGAAAUUGUGAGUUGGUUUGGAGAUACUCGCUAUGCCUGGAAAAAUGGGGGAUUGAAGUGGUAUUAUUAUUACCAGAGUGCCAAUGCAAACAGUCUGAAUGGCCAAGGCUUUGCAAGGAAGAGAGGGAGAGGAAGACCAAAGGGGAGGGGAAGAGGGAGGCCUCGAGGGAGGCCUCGGGGAAGCAAGAGGUUAAAUUGCUGGGACCGAGGUGUGUCUGUCAUAAAAUUCAAAACUGGAACAGCAAUCCUGAAGGACUACUAUAUGAAGCACAAAUUCCUUAAUGAGCAAGACCUUGAUGAACUUGUAGCUAAAUCUCACAUGGGGUAUGAGCAGGUCAGAGAGUGGUUUGCAGAAAGGCAAAGAAGAUUAGAACUCGGAAUAGAGCUGUUUGAGGAGAAUGAGGAAGAAGAUGAAAUGCUGGAAGAUCAGGAAGAUGAAGAGGAAACGGAUGAUAGUGAUACUUGGGAACCCCCACGACAUGUUAAGCGUAAACUUUCAAAAUCAGAAUGACAUGCAGUUUGGAAUCUGAGAGCCAAAAACCCGUGAAUUAGGUUUGAUGUUAUGGUGAAGAGCCAAACAAUUUUUCACGGCCUUCAGCUUCAGCAAGCACCUGCUUAGCAUCUUCGUUGCACCUGAAGGAACAUGGGCAAGAUGCUGUCUGCGCAGGCAACGGAUAUUUGCUUCCUUGCUACCAGAGAUGGACGUCCUCGGGCCUAGCUGAGCACGUGGGGUUACAAAUCAGCGCCAGUUCAGCUCCUCCUCUUCCGCAUGUCCAAUGCGAAGGUUCAUCAUUCACGUGACUGCUUCUCAAUAUUUAAUUGCCUUAUGUUGUUUAAUUCCAAAAAAACAAACAAACCACAGACACAUUUUUUGUUGUUGUAGGAGAACAUUACCUGCUCACAGAGGAGGAAAAUGCAAAAACCUAAGAUGUCUUUUUGCAAACAUCACUUCACCUGAAGGGUUUCAAGGUCUGGGUUUAUUUCUUAAGGAAAGAAUUCAAAAGAAAAGAGAAGGGGAAAAGUGUGACAAAGGAAUCAAUGAACAUAGGGGUGAGGAUUGCUCGGUUUAAGAAAAUGAGGUGAUAUUGGCACCUUUUUUGUAUCUUCAGAGUGUUUUGGGUUUACAGAAUUUGUGUUGAAAUGUUUCUUGCUGAUAAUUAUGAGCUAGCUGAAUGAGUUUAAUGCUAAAAGAUGCUUUUCGUUAAAUUUAAUCAGUGUAUCUUACAUCAAUUUAAUUUAAAUGCCUGGCAAACUUGAUGCAGUUGAUAGUAACAUUCACUUUUAGCUUGUGCAUUCUUUACUUUUUUUUUGAAAAUGGUUAGAAAAGCAUGUGUAUUUCUAACAAACAUGAAUAAUUUCUUGAAAUCUUACACUGUAUUUUAAGGUAAACAUGAGGUGGAAACUGCCUAAAAGUCAUUCAGCAUUGCUUAGGGUUUUGUAUGAAUACACAGAUACAAAGAUGAAAUGUGUCUUCAGGUGUUAGUUAGAAAGGUUUUCAAGUAUGAGGUGGCAAUGACCUGCUUUUUAAUUUUCAAACAAAAUGAAGUUAUAUGCCUUUUAGGUGCUUAAAAAUGGUAAACAAACCAGUGUUUAACUGCUGAUUAGCGAUAGCCCGAUUGAAUGUUUCGUGUGCAAGACUAACCAAAAAUUGAUCCUAUUGAAUUGAGCUCACUAAUAUGCUGUUCUUAGGGCUGCUGGGUGAACACUUAUUUGUAGAGAUGGUUUCAUCUACCUGAACUGAACUCCAGAAGUAGUCUAAUCUGAUAGGGAACAUCUGCAUCUUGAGUAAGUGUUUAUAUGUAUAUAUAGAAUGGCUUUUAUGUACAUAUGAAAAGCCAUUCGAUCUCAAGGCAAUGAAGUAGUAGCAUAACCAACUUAAAAAAUAAUGGGCCAAAUUCAAGAAAGCUAGGUUAUGCAGAUAUCUGGCAUUGUAGAAAACUGGUACUCCAAGAAGAGUAGUUUGUGUUCUAGUUACUGUCAGUUUGUAUUUUUUAGGGGUAAGUUAUGUUUAGAUGUCAAAAAUGGAUGGUGAGUUGGUGCUGCUGUCACCAGCGUUGUCUGCUUUACAUGGGCGCUAACAGGAACUAUCUUAGCAAUCUCCCUUUACACCUCUGCCAACAUCUUCUCUGCAAGGAUUUGCAUCUGUUGACCUACAAGAGAGGGAUUAGCGUGGAGAAAAUGUGUCCUAAUACUUCCACAUCCCCAAGAAUUACUCUUUCUUCCUUCCUGUGAUAACUGGCUGUCUAAAGACCAAGGAAAUGCUUUCAGUGAUGAGUUUCUGAAGCACAGGAGUUAAUGUUAGAUCUGUUUUCCAUGUCAGAUUGGGAGUGAAACCUGGGUGAAAAAAAGAAAGGGAAUAAUGUCUGACAAAAAAAAAGUUUUGGUAACCUACCUGACUCACCUUCCUCCCUGGACACUUGUGGCUACCUUUCCACUCUCUGAUUGAAUGGGCUGCCUGAAUUGCAAGGCAGUGUUCUGCUUGAAAGCCUUUUCCUGACCUUCUAACAUUGCUAGAAAUACUGAUGUGUGUGACACAGUUUUGGUUAUCGAACUUUUUCAUGGCAUCCAAGACUCAGGUCAGCGAAACCAAGGCACAAAGCAGCCAGCAGUGUGAUGCCUUUAUCUCUUGAUGCUUAUCACUGUGAGGACAAGCUUAGAAUCCCUCAGCUUGACUUCAGGGUGGUAGAGAAGCAGAACUCUGUUGGUAGUGUUUCUCUGGAGUGCUGUCACUCUGGGUGCAAGGUGGUGUAAGAGAGAUCAGGAUCUGGGCUUUCCAGCAUGGGCUGCUACAGGUGGUUGGGAAGAAGGGAAAGAGAUGCUGUUUUUAAAUUUAUGAAAAAAUUAAGGCAAAUCUUAAUCCAAAUCUAAACUUCUUGGGAAUAUGCCUUUAGCAAGCAAAAUCUGGAGUUGCCUUAAAUUUUAAGGACAAACCAGAUUUAAUUUUCUUUCCACCCAGAAACACCCAAGAAGCCUGUCUAAACGUCUCCAUUUUUGUUAGCAGAGACUUAAUGUAGGUUAUCGUUACACCAAACCUUCGUUAGAAGAUGGGAAAAAUAAGGAAGCAAGUUAAUUAUAUGAUCAGACUGGGAAAUUUUCCAUUUUGGCAGUGUUCUGUUAAGUAACACUCAACUAUAAUGGUAGGCCUUAGCACAUGUGAUCUGCAAAACACAGGAAGAGGAAAUGCAUUGUUUAUCAGACUAAAUAUAGUCAGAUUGGACGUCGUCUUUCCAUAAAAUGGUCUGAGAGGAUGGCUGAUGUAUACUGGUCUGGACUUUCAACUGCUGUAAACAUUAUAGUUCCUUGUAUUCCAGUGGUUUUAACAGUAUUUGCAGCCUGUUGAGCCCCCACUGCAGAAUAUGAAUCUGAAUUAAACGAGCUUUGGGCUUGAUAAUGAGAGAUGCAGGGUACCCACAUUUCCUCUAGGCUAGAUGCACACUGUAAGCCUUUCAGUUGGGCCAAGGAUGAGAAGAAUCUGGGUGAGUUCAGACCUGAAAACAUCAGUUGUAUGCACUUACUAUUGCUUAUAAUCUGUUUUGUUUGAAAAGAAGAAUCCAUUAAUUACCAGUUUAUCUCGUGUUUACAGCAUGUAUGUAUUUGCACUGUGUACUGUGGGAGAGAGGGAAACACCUUCCAGAGGCCUCCUGCAUCAGAAAUGACAAGAAAAGCACUGGAAAGAGCUGUCAGCGUGCUGGCGGCUGACAGGAUGGACUGCUUUGUCUGUAACUUGUGGUCGUGGCUGGUUGGAGCUCAAAACUGCUGGUAACUGUGGUUAGUCCAGAUUCAUCUCAUCUCAUCAUAGGCUACUGUGCUCCUUACCUUGGUGCCCCAAGGCAUACUGCAUAGUCUGAGAGAAACAGAGAUUGUCGAGGGGAUACAGCACACCCUCAUUCUCUCCCUGAAUUGAUAUGAGCGCAUCAGUUCCUCUGGAGCUGAAGUUGAGCUUUCUCUUUCAUCUGCUGUCUCUGCCAAGAGUACCUGAGGUUACGAUGCUAGUUAGUGCUGUCUCUGGAAUUCAGUUAACUGAGGAUGAAGGUAAUCCCUUGCUAGAAUUGAGAUGGAGAAGGGCUAAAAGCAAGCAAGCAGUGUCACAGCUGGUGAGCCAUCCACUGUCCCUUAUCAUGGUGCUUCAUGGCGUGUUCUGCUCUUGCUUCUGAGUACAGUGGAAAAGCACAGGUCUGUAGCUCUGUCUUAGCAGUGCUGACUUCCAGUAUCAACCUUUUAAUAACCCCAAGGAUGAUGUGAGUUAUAAGAAGAAAGUCAGAGUUACUCUCCCCUUGCUUUGAAUGAACUAAGGGAGUGCUUGUACAGUGUGCAGAGAAGGGGAAAUGCAGAAUCUUGAAGAGACUGCGUGUUGCUUGCCCUGCAGAAUUCACUUACCUAGAACUUGAUGAGCAAAGCAAAUGUUACUCUUGCUGUUUUGACAGAACAAGUGUUGCAGUCUCUCGUGUUCAGCAUGUAGAAAUCUCUGCUUUGAUUUGAGAGCAAAAGCAAGGUAUCUAGCAUCUCGUGAUUGGAAUUUACUGGAUUAUCUCUAAUACACCUUAGUAAAUUAGGCCAUUCCAUUUUUCAGCUUUGUCCAAUAAUGGUUUUAAAACUUUUUUUUUUUUUCACAGCAUUAUAUGCAGUAUUGUUUCUAUCCGUAACUUUGAUUAUCAGGAAGGAAACUCAGUCAGAAUCCACCCGUGGCAUGAAAUCAUUUUUCUAAUGCAUGACUUGCUGACUUUCGGCAAAAGCCUAUUUUCUUCCUGCUCACCAAGGAACUCUGAGGCAGGCAAAUACACUCCCAUCUCCUCUGCAGAGCAGAGAAAGGAUUUCUGAAGCCCAUGCAAAGCGAUUCACGGCGCGAUGCAGUCCCAAAGGCCAGAAAACCCCAGCAUGCAGACAUUCUCCUCCUCCUUCUCCAUUUUCCUCUGAAAUGAGAGCACAGCAGUAACUCUGACAACAGGUCUCUGGCUGCUGAGUAAUAAGCUGUAGUUUAAGGUCAGGAGUAUUUUCCCUUUUGCACUUAAUGGAGCACUGUGUAUUCGAAUUGGAUCUCAGUGUUUGCUUCUGUAGAUACAGCAGUCCCAAUUUGCAUCCUCCACCACCUCCUCCUCUCUGUCUAUAUUCUUAUCUCCCAAGGAGAGAAGAUAAUUGUUAAGAUUCUGUAAUAUUAAAUAUCCCUGCCCUUACCCGAAUACACACAAAAGUAGAGCGCAAUGAAAUAUAGUUACUUUCUUUGAUUUAAUUUAUUAUUUAUUGGAAGAUAAUUUUGCCUGCAUUUAGUAGUAAUAAAAAGAUAGUAUCGAUGAGAGAACAGUGAAACUGUUGAGAGGUAUUCACAGUGCCUGGGAUGAUCAUAUAAAUUGCAGAUGGGAAGGGCAGGCGCAGGACUCAGCUCCCUGCCCUGAGCAGUGCUGCGUUAUGCUUGCAUUCUCCGUCAAGCUUUUGAUAUCCUAGGGAUGAGUAGGUUUAGUAUGUGGCAUGACACAAACUUGUUGGGUCAAGUGACUUAAGGUUUGUGGUGUAUUAAAAUUAGGUAGGAAAUGAAAGCUGUAGCAGAAGGUGAACAUUUCAGUAACUGUUUGUGCUCCGUAGCUUGAAUUUCUGUAUUGUUAUCUCACUUUUGGAGAUUUUGAAGCCCAGGCAGGUUAUAGACAGUGUUUUCAAGUUCAACCGUCUGAGCUUUUGGGUUGUUUUCCUUCUGCAGUGAAGAGCAUCUGUAUUUUUUCAGCGGAUACUCAUUUUAAAAAUGACUUAACGCAGCAUUUAAAAUGUUGAAUGGUAACUGAGGAUCCCCUAGCACUUUUCAUGAACUAAGGUGGGAUCCGUGUGAUUGUAUGUCGAUGUCUGCAUUUGAGCAAGACGCCGCAGUAGCUGAUCAGUGUAGCUAACGAGAGCACGUCAGCAGCUCCUCCUAACCACCUGUAGUCGGUCAGACGAACUGCACCCUCAACUCCGUUGACUGUUACAAGUGGCUCGAAGACACUGGAGUUAAAGCCAUUGGAAGUUAGGCGAGAUGCAUCCUCACCUUGGAGCGUGCUGGCUGGCUGGCUGGCAGCACUGGGCGUUGUGUCUCACCAGGGUUUCCUUGUGGUUAGCGAUGGUGCUGUCCUCUGCUCCCCACCUGGCACUCGCUGAGAGGCGUGAGGGUUUGGUUUGGUUUUGGUUUUGGUUUUGGUUGUUAUUCUAGUGCAGGUGGCACUACAGUGGCAGAUAAAGUAACUGAUCCUUGGUUAUUGAGCUGUGGCAUAAAUACGGUUUGGGGGUUUCUAAUGGUUUUUUAGAGAGAAUGUUACUAUAUGAACAUUGGAUUGUGUGUAUCCUAAAAUGUGUUAAGACACGUAAGAUUUGUGUCCCCUUGAUCAGACAUCUCCUUAUACUUAUUCAGCACUAGAUAUCUAUCAUGAAACUCACUGUAAAGAAUCUGCCAGAAUGAUGGAAGAUUCAAGUUGUCUUCAUUUGUGAUACAAAAGAACCAACCACAAGAGCUCCACUACGAUUUUGAAAUGUUCCCCAUGCCUCCAGUUCCAGCUUAAAGAAGCAUUUCCAAUUUUGAGUAGUUGGUUAUCUGCAUGUAUGCUUACAGUCUGUACAGAAAUGCACUAAAAAUGAGUUGCCCGACCCGGGAAGGCUUUAUAUUGUAUAGAAAAUGUGGCACUAGGUACUGCUCUUCAUGUGCACAGGAGAGUUAACAGGUGUCGAUCUCGUUUACAGAAAUGAUGGAGCUUUGCAAUUUUCUAUAAUACAUUGCAAUAUAUUUAAAUGUCCUGUUUGACAUGUGAAAUGAAAUUAAGUUAAUGCAUUGUUAUGUAUUUGAAUAUGAGGAAGACGAUUCACUAACGACCAGCAAGGUUUUUAGAAGGUGUCCAGUAUGUAGCAGUCUGUGUGAUCUGUCUGGUGUAUGUGAUGUUGUUAAAGGAAGCAACACUAUUAUUAUCGUUUAGAAUUAAGAGUUUCUUAUGAGUGAUGCAAUAGCUUACAGUGUCUUUCCUUUGUAGCUGCCCAGUGUGGUGAAGGGGAAGCAAUUCUUGAAAAAGUUCAAGAUAACUGGUUAACUGUGAAUGGGCCUAAUCUUUCGUGAAACCAAGAAAAUAUUUGGACACACACAGGACUUGAAUACUCAAAAGGAUUGGAACUUAGUGUUGUGCCAAAGUUAAACUACUGCAGUUGGCAGAAGUUCUGCACUGUAAAUAGAAGACUGAUUAAAAGACAGCUUGUAAAAAAGAAAAAAAAAAAAAAAAGAAAGAAAAAAGAUCAAAUUUUAAUACACUACGUUUUUAUUCUGAUACAUGACGGAAGCAUUCUGUUUUAGACCUUUUUUGAAGAGGCUUCAAUGACCACUAGAUUUUGUCCUCUUAUAUUUUGUUUGGCCUAAUACUAUAUGUUCUAGUAAGAUGGGCUUUAUCGCCUGUGUUCUUUGAUAUGUGAUUAAGCUUAUAGCUUUGAGUGACCAAACAUUUUACAGAGUAAAAGUUCUUAGAAACAGUAUAACGUAACUGAUAUUUCUGUGUCUUAUUUAUCAGGCUCUGCACAAACUUGGAAGGUUGUGCUGGACUUGUACAACUUACACAUGGGAACGCAGCAUACUGCUUGGUAUUACAAACCUAAGCCUUUGGGGCAGUACGGAUCUUGUCUUUGGAUUUAUUUUUGUUAUUUUUUUGAGGCAAAUGGAUGCUGCUGUAAAAUAUUUGUAAUAUCGCCAUUAUUGCUUUCUGUAGCAAUUACUGCUUUUGUUUCAACAGAUAAAAUAAAGCAGAGAUAGAAAAAUUUCAAAAGAAGCUGGUAGAAGAAAGGAUCACGUGGGAACUUCUGAAAAUAAACUUUGUACCAAAAAAUUUGAAAUCAGAAAUAAUGGAAUAAAUGUCUCCUUACUGAC